AUGGCAAAUUUAAGAGAAGAUGAAGAGGCUGACUAUUUAAAAUGUCUGAAAGGUCAAGAAAAAGAAGUACCAAAAGAUUUGAAAGAAGUGCCUGGUCAAAAUGAAUUGAACCUUAACGAAGAUGAUACUGAAAGUGAUUUUCAUCCUGAAAAACUUGACGAGAAAACGAAAGAGUAUUUUAAUGAUGAUUAUUAUGCUAUUCAAGAAGAAGAAUGUUCAAAAUUUUCAUAUGAUGAGGAACUCGAUACGGAAGAUUGGUACCAUUGGAUUCGAUCAAGUAAAAGUGAUGAGUGUGGUGAAGAACAACUUGAAGAAAGUGCUUCUGAAACAUCAGGUGUUGAGAUUACAAAUUCCAAAAUUUAUUCUAAAUCGCAGGUUAAGAAAGAAAUGAUUGAGUCAACUCACACAGGAAUGAUAAAGGUUAGAAAGAAAUCCUUAUUUGAUAAUAUAAUUCCUAAACUUAAACCAGUUAUGGAUCCAGAUGGCAAAACUUUUGAUGACUAUUUGGAUGAGUGUAAUCAUUUAGAUUAUGAAGUGGUCGAACUAUAA